AUGGGCCAUGACGUUUACAGAUGUGAGGUGACGGUGCUGUACAGCAGAGGAUUGCCGGUUGUCACGGCCCCUUUGCCGUCACGGGCGGAAAAAUGCCAGUUCACCCUUCUGCCCGUUUCGAACACCGUCGGAGAUUUCCUCCACAUGCUUUCGGUGGAAGAUAAGGGAAUCGACCGGGCAGCAAUUUAUUCCGUGGAUGGUAUCCGCAUUUCGUCCCAGACGACAGUGGAGGCUCUAAUGGAGCAUGACUUCGAUUUGAUCAUCAACGAUGUCAAGUAUCGGGUGCACACCCCUGAAAAGGAACGAUUGUCUCAGGAGGAGCUCACGAACCUUUCUCAACUUCGGAACCUCAUCGCCUCUCUGUACGAAGGUUUGCAGAUCGAUCAGCAUCAGCUCCAGAAAGAACGACAACUCCUGGCAAAACUCGAAACAAUUCAGAGGGAUCUUGCACCCUUAGAAAAGCGCAACCUCGAUAUGGCGAGGAAGUCCAGCGGACAGACGACCGUUCUGACUUGGCUGGGACUCGGGUUCAUGGCCGUCCAAUUCGGGAUCCUCGCAAGAUUGACUUGGUGGGAGUACUCCUGGGAUAUCAUGGAACCCGUGACGUACUUCGUGACAUACGGCACCGCCAUGGCGGCGUACGCAUACUUCGUCCUCACUCGCCAGGAGUAUCUGCUACCCGACGCCCGAGACCGACAGUUCCUCAACUUCUUCCACAAGUACGCCAAACGGUACGGCCUCGACGUGGAGAAGUACAACACAUUGCAGCAAGAACGAAGCGCCGUGGAAGCAGAACUGCUGCGUUUGCGGGACCCACUGCAGUUGAAGCUCGCCCCGAAAACCUUGGAGGCGCCACUGCCUGCGGAUUUCCCGCGGGACAUCCUGUCGCCGGUCCGCCGAGAGCUGCUAUCCCCGGGCAAACAGGCCGACACCGGAUCGGGUUAAGUGUUCGCCUCGUGCCUCCACGCAUUUCCGCCGUUUUCUUUUUCCUUUUUUCCCCUUCCUUCCGGUGAGAUGGCUUCAAUCAACGCCGGAGGAAUUACAGUACGUUGGCUUUUGAUGACUGCGGCAGCUCCCGCGUGUUCCUGACGGACCCGUGAUGGGUCGCUGCAGCAGACGUGGGCGUGUUAUUCUUCCGCGCGGUACGGUUAUAGGUUUCGCUUCAAGAAAACUUCUGCCAACGGCCACUUUACUCAGCGAAUACAGUCGUCGCUAUAUCCGGGAAACGCGGUUUUUCUUGACUUUGAAUUUGAACAAACACUGCUCAUUCGAGUCCCUCGGAAAACGAGAACAUUGACGGAAAUAACAAAAGAAAACUGGGAUUUCGCGAUUUUGAACUGUUGGAUUUUAUCUCGUUUUUCUGCUCUCUAGCAUGCUAUAUCCGCAUUUUCGAUGCCAUUGAAUGAGUCGAAGUUUGAUUAUGAGGGGUGAUACUGAUGAAUCUAAUCCGCUAUCGCAAUGCAGCCUUUUGUAUCAACCAAAAAUA